CUGACACUUCUGUCUGUGUCUGUCUCUCUGUCUCUCUCGCUCCCUGUUUCCUCGUAAUCUGAGGCUUCCCGCUGUGUUGACUGAACUCGUUUCGUCGUUUUUGGAUAUUAUCUUCAGCAAAAUGAGCGAGGAAGUGUCAGAGGUCCCCAAAGAGCUUCUGGAGAGUGUGAGGGAUGCAGUGGGGAGGAAGGUGAAGCUGUCACUGAGGAGGAGAGUCAAACUGGAGAUCAAAGGAGACAAGACGGAGAACAGAGUCUUGGCCCUAGCGUCUCACCGAGCUUACCUCUUGACGGCACGCAUUCCCACCAAGGUGGAACACUCCUUUAAUUAUCUGGAGAUCCAGGGGAUUGCUUGUAACAAGCCUACACAGCUGUUCAUCGAGUACGAGCGUGGCUCCUUCUCCCUGAAGCUGCUCUCUACAGAGGAGGUCAAUGAGGUGGUCGCUCACAUAGGGAACUGUCUGCUCAGGAUAUGUCCCGGUCUACAACCAAGUAAAGUGAUGAAGAAGCUCUGCAUGGAGCCUCCAGACAGGCUGAUCUCUCUGCAGACUCUGUGGGAGAACAACAAGCCUGCUGAGCCUGGACCUUGUGGGGGGUUUUCUCAGAUGUACAGAUGUGUCUGUGACUGGUUGGGGCUGCCUUACAAGGAAGAGGUGCAGUGGGAUGUGGACACCAUCUAUUUGACACAAGACACCAGAGAACUCAACCUGCAGGACUUCAGCCAUCUGGAGAACAGGGAUCUGGUGGCAAUAAUAGCAGUGCUGGAGUUUAAUCAGUGGUUCACCAAGCUCUCCACCAAGGACUACAAACUGUCUGCAGAUGUGUGUGAGCAGAUCCUUCGGGUAGUGUCUCGCUCCAGUCGACUGGAAGAGUUGGUUCUGGACAACGCAGGACUCAAAACAGAUUUUGCCCAGAAGCUAGCUGCUGCCCUGGCCCACAACCCCAGCUCAGGACUCACCACCAUUAAUCUUGCCAACAACGCACUGGAGGACAGAGGUAUCUCCUCCCUGGGAGCUCAGUUUGCCAAACUUCGUCAGGGGCUCAAGCAUUUAAACUUCUCCAAAACCUCACUAUCACCCAAAGGGGUGAACAGCCUUUGUCAGUCACUGAGUGCCAACCCGUCCAUCCCCAGCAGCCUGGUCCAUCUGGACCUCUCAGGGAAUGUCCUCCGAGGAGACGACAUGCAGCAUUUCUACCACUUCCUGGGUCAACCCAACAGCCUGUCAACCCUUGACCUCUCCAACACUGACUGCUCAUUGGACCAGGUUUGCUCAGCUCUGCUGCGUGGCUCCGUCGAGCACCUCUCUGUUCUUAAUGUGUCAAAGAGCGUCUUCCCUCACAGGAAAGGCAAAGAGGUGCCUCCGUCAUUUAAGCACUUCUUCAGCAGCGCCAUGUCUCUGAGCUCCAUCAACGUGUCAGGAACCAAGCUGCCACCGGAGGCCCUCAAAGCUCUCCUGCUUGGCCUGGCCAGUAACCUCAAUCUGAAGGGCGUGUCUCUGGAUCUCAGCUGCUGUGAGCUUGGCCAUUGUUUGCGGUCAGGAGGCUCUCAGAUCCUUGAAGGUUGUAUUGCUGAGAUCCCGAACAUCUCCAGCCUAGACAUCUCUGACAACGGCCUGGACUCGGACCUGUCCACUCUGCUGGUGUGGUUGGCCAAGAACCGAUCCAUCAGACACCUUUCUCUGGGGAAGAACUUCAACAACAUCAAGUCCAAAAACCUUGCUCCAGUGUUGGACAGCCUGGUCCAUAUGAUUCAGGAAGAAGAGUCGCCCCUCACAUCUCUGUCUCUAGCAGACUCCAGACUGAAGAGUGAUCUGACCAUCGUUCUGAACGCUCUUGGCAGCAACUCCUCGCUCACCAGGUUAGACAUCAGCGGGAACGCCAUGGGGGACAUGGGAGCCAAGAUGUUGGCCAAAGCGCUACAGAUCAACUCCAAACUCAGGACUGUGAUGUGGGACAAGAACAACACCAGCCCUCAGGGUCUUCAGGAUGUAGCAGCCGCUCUGGAGAAGUGAGUAGCUCUGUCUGUAUCUGUGUAUACUGAGUCCAUGUACGUGUGCAUGACUGUGUGCUGAUGACUGUCUGCUUGUGUGUUACAGUUAUUAAGGCAAUGUUGACAACCUAUGAAUGUUACAUGGCACUGUUACACCUUAAUUCUGACAGUUUGCAUACACCGGUGCCCUACAGUCCUUUACAUUUGUGCUGAGCAGGGGGACACCUUGAGAUGUGUUAAGACAGGAAGAGUAGGAGAGAGGAUGAGAGGAAGGAAACCAGAAAAUGAAUACAGCAACAAAGAAGCAAUGACUGAUUAAAUCAGAUUUUUGUCUACUGUCUGAAUGUUCAAUAUUCCCUGUGUGUGAAAUGACACGCUCACUAAAUUAGCUUCUGGGACACAUCUGUACAUCUAUCCCUCUCUCUCUCUGUUUAUCAUAUUCUCCCAGCAGCACAUCCACCUACAGUAUUUCCCCAUUGGGUCUCUGUAUUGCAUUAUUGAAAUAACAAUUUCCUUUCCUUCUUGCCCCUGUUCUAUAUUCUGCUCAGCAGUGCAGUGGUUUGUGCAUGUGUGCAUUUUGCCGCCUUUAGUCAAUUUCCUUACGUCUCUUGUUCUCUUUUGUCAGAUUUUCUUUCACAAUGCUCAACGUUAAAUUCCUCUGAGGUUUGCCCAGACGUUCAAUGCUGCUUAAUAAGAGGGGCGUAUUUUGUGGGAAUUUUAAAGUGAACAUAGAAAGCAUGCAACGUUUCCUACAUUCACCGAUAUUAAAAGUUACUGUAUGAAUACUUUUCAACCAUUAUAUCCAUAAAAACAGCAUUUUUGUUAUUGUUGUAAAAUUAAAGAAAUGAUAUUUAAGGCUGUUGACGGAGGUAGUAUGUAGGCCAUGUCAAUAAUCAUUAUUCAGUUCAUACAGAAGUUAAAUCUUCAGUAGUUUGCGGACCAGGUUGCCUGGCGUGGUGCUUCGCUGUGUGUGUGUGUGUGUGUGUGUUUAUUGUGAAGCAGGCAUAUCUGAUCAAAGAUGAAUCCGUUCACCUUCGAAUUUGAAAACAAUCAACAUCUGACAGCCUUUACCUCCAAACACCCUCUCUUCUGUGUCUUCUGCUUUUCAUUUUACUGUGUCUUCAUUUCUUCCUCCUGCCAUCCAUUCAUCUCCUCCAUCAUAAUAUGAAUAUGAUUACUGUGUGGUGACCUCUAUUUGCAGAUCAGUAACUUCUCUAAUGGUGCCACUUCAUUGCUUGGUAAUAG